CAUGAAUUGUACUUUAACCCCAAGAUUUUAUAAAAAUCAUUUUAUAAUUCUGUUCAGUCAGAAUUAGUUGACAUUUACUUGUUUGUUGUAAUAAUAAGUUGACUCUUAUCUGAGUUUUGUCUAUUUUAUCUUUAUCUCUAAUUUAAUUCAACAUGUUGCUCCAAAAGGUAUUUAGUGUAUCUGCUCGUCGAUCUGUUAGAUUAUUCUCAGCAAGUGCCUCUUCUUCCAAUGGAUUUAGCUUUCAAUUGACGGACACACAACGUGAAAUGCAAGAAUUGACGAGAAAAUUUGCCAGAGAAGAGAUAAUUCCAAAAGCCGCUCAUUAUGAUCAAACUGGUGAAUAUCCAUGGGAUUUGGUGAAAAAAGCGUGGUCACUUGGUUUAAUGAAUGGACAUAUUCCUCAACAUUGCGGUGGGUUGGAAAGCAAUGUUUUUGAUGGUUGCAUUGUUGCUGAAGAAUUAUCCUAUGGUUGUGCAGGAAUACAAACAGCGAUUGAAGGAUCUGGCCUUGGGCAAACACCAGUUAUUCAUUUUGGUAAUAAGGAGCAACAGAAAAAAUAUUUGGGAAGAUUGAUUGAAGAGCCUCUUGUAGCUGCUUAUUGUGUCACUGAACCUGGAGCCGGUUCAGAUGUUGCGGGUGUUAAAACAAAGGCGGAGAAAAAGGGCAAAGAAUGGGUUCUAAAUGGCACUAAAAUGUGGAUUACAAAUGGAGGAGUAGCAGACUGGUAUUUUGUCCUGGCGAGAACGAAUCCUGAUCCAAAAGCACCAGCUGGAAAAGCCUUCACAGGAUUUAUUGUAGAACGUGCGUUUGCUGGUGUCACACCAGGACGAAAGGAAAAGAAUAUGGGUCAAAGGGCUUCGGACACACGUAUGGUUACGUUCGAGGAUGUUCGUGUACCAGAAGAAAAUGUCCUUAUUGGAGAAGGAGCCGGUUUCAAAAUUGCCAUGGGAACUUUUGAUCUGACUCGACCUCCAGUAGCGGCUGGAGCAGUUGGAUUAGCUCAACGUGCACUCGACGAGGCGACAAAAUACGCUAUGGAGCGCAAAGCAUUUGGUCAAGCAAUAUUUGAUUUCCAAGCUGUUGCCUUCAUGUUAGCUGAUAUGUCAAUUGGAGUUGAAACAGCGAGACUUGCAAUGCACAGAUCUGCUUGGGCAAGUGACAAUAAAGAUCCAAGAUCAACAAUUUUGGCGAGUGUUGCAAAAUGUUAUGCAGGUGAUGUUGCGAACAAAUGUGCCACUGAUGCUGUACAGAUAUUUGGUGGGGCUGGAUUUAACAGUGAAUAUCCUGUAGAAAAAUUAAUGCGUGACGCUAAGAUUUACCAGAUUUACGAGGGAACUGCACAAAUUCAAAGACUGAUUAUUUCACGUCAACUUUACAAAGAGGCUAAAAACUCUGUUCGAUAAAAAAAGUAUAGGAAUUUUUGUAAAAUAUUAUAUUAAGAUGAAAUAAUUCUUUUUUCAAAUUCUACGUUUUGAACAAAAAGUUUAUUCGUAAAAAUAUUUUUAUACGAGAAAAUAGGUUUAUGAAAUUUAUAUAGAUAAAGAAAUUUAAUUAAUUUUAAUUAAACGAAAGUAAUUUUUUUAUUUGCACAUUUUCAGAAAUUUUUAGAAAAAUAAUUUUUAUUAACAGAUUAUUAUAUUUACAUUAACAAAGAUGAAAUACUUUGAUAUUUGUAUUUAAUAAAUAUAUUUUUACAGUCAGAAUAA